ACCGGAAGUGGGAAGCGACCGCGCGCGGAAGAAGCGGAGGCUGUUUUCGCCUGAUUAAGGAGAUUGCAAAAAUGGCUUCCGCAAGUGAGCUCCUUCAGAGUUACGAAGAGAUGUUUGUUCACCGAUAUACUUCAGAAGACAAGGAAUAUCAGAAAUAUGUCCAGCAGCCUGCAGAUCCACCUCCCGUAGUAGAAGACUGGCUAAACAGAGAACCCUACGUGCCUUCUGUAGCUGAGAUCCUUCAGAAUUAUGAAAAGAUGUUUGAGCAUCGGUUUUCUUCAAAAGAUGAAGAAUUUCAGAAAUAUGUCCAACGCCCUGCAGAUCCACCUCCCUUAAUAGAAGACUGGAGAAACAGAUCGGGUGGUAACCAGCGAUACAGAGAGAGAUUCAGAGAUAGCAGACAAUUUAGAGGAAGAGGGGACAGAUACGACCAGCAAGGAGGCUAUAGAUCCAGCCCAUGGCAAGAAAGAAGCUGGGGGAACAAUUACCAGCAGCACAGGCAAGGACAGUCUUCGUACUCUCAACAUGGACGAGUACCCCAGUAUGGCUACAGUUCUUAUUUUCAGGGCCAUUACUAGUAUGGUGACUUGCAUUGAGCGUCCAGUAUAAUAACCAGUCUCCUUCAUCCUGCCAGAUGUAAACUUUUCCCUUUCAUUCAGUUUUAGACUUUUGUAUGUAACGUAGGGAUGUGGGGGAAAGUUUUGUUGUUUUUAAAAGUGCGCCCAUCUCGAUGUAUUUCUGUAGUGCACGUUUACAAAAGGAGGCAUGAAGUUGUGAAACUAAAGUGCAGAAGCUGAACUGUGAACUUGCUACCCCGCAUUCCCUACCAAGUCUAGCAUAUUGCUUGUACAUGUUUUGUGGGGCUGGGUGGGAAUAAAUGUGCUUUGGAUCAGAAAAAGUUGGCAAUAGCCCUCAGCAGAAUGGGGCUGUUCUUCCUGAAAUUCUGUCUCACGCCGUUGUGUUGCUAAUGGGUAGAAAAAUGAUUAACAUCAGUAUUACAUCUUGAUAGAAAUACCUGCAGGUUGCAUUUUUAGUUUUUUGCUUUUUUUUGUUUGGUUUUUGCUGCUGCUAAUAAAAAGGCUUAUGGCAUUACAUCUUGAUGUUUCUGAAACAUUCUUUUUUUUUACCCUUGUGGCACUGUUGGUUUUAUUUUUAAACGAUGUUGCAAAUAACUGAUGAGUUAAUGUUAAAUUAAGGGGAAAUAAUGAUAAAAGAUGCAGUACUUCGGUUUGUUUGUAUUUAAAAAUGCAAGAUUCAUCAUGAUUAAAUUGUAUCCUCUUAAA